GCCCGUACGAAGAGAGGAACGGUCGCCCCUUGCUACAACAACGCCAACGUCUCAGUGUUUCUGAUAAGAGUCGAGCAUUUCACUGCGAAGCUCUUCAUUCGCUCCACAAAAUGGCGUCUCCGAUCGCUCUCGCGCCGAUUCCUCCCGCAUCUCUCUUCUCCACCGACGCCGCUCGUCUAUCCCGUCGGCUCGACCUCAGCGGCCGCGCCGCACUCCCCCGACCGCCAUUGUCCAGGGCGGGCAGGCUUCGGACGAGCCGCUUCGAGUCGCGAGUGAGCGCGAAGCUCGGCGAGAAGAGCGCGUUGGAGUACAGGAAGCUCGGCGACUCCGACCUCGUAAUCAGCGAAAUCACGUUCGGCACGAUGACGUUUGGUGAGCAGAAUACAGAGAAAGAGGCCCACGAAAUGCUAAGUUAUGCGUGUGAUCGUGGUAUCAAUAUUUUAGACACUGCAGAGGCUUAUCCCAUUCCAAUGAAGAAGGAGACGCAAGGAAGAACUGAUCUAUAUAUUGGUAGCUGGCUGAAGUCCCGACCACGUGACAAGGUCAUUUUGGCAACAAAAGUAUGUGGCUAUUCCGAGCGAUCGAGUUAUAUCCGUGAGAAUGCAAAGGUUUUACGGGUUGAUGCUGCAAAUAUUAAAGAAAGUGUUGAAAAGAGCCUUAAGCGCCUCAACACUGACUACAUUGAUUUGCUGCAAAUCCAUUGGCCAGAUCGCUAUGUUCCAUUGUUUGGCGACUAUUACUAUGAUUUCUCUAAAUGGAGGCCUAGUGUACCUUUUGUGGAGCAGUUGAAGGCUUUUCAAGAGCUUAUCGACGAAGGGAAGGUUCGUUAUGUUGGCGUUUCAAACGAGACUUCCUAUGGAGUGAUGGAGUUUGUCCAUGCAGCUAAAGUUGAGGGAUUACCAAAGAUUGUAAGCAUACAAAAUAGCUACAGUUUACUUGUCAGAUGCCGCUUUGAAGUUGAUCUUGUGGAAGUUUGCCACCCAAAGAACUGCAAUAUAGGGUUACUUGCGUAUUCUCCACUGGGUGGUGGAUCCUUAAGUGGGAAGUACUUAGAUUACAACUCUGAAGCUGCAAAAAGAGGGAGGUUGAACCUAUUCCCCGGUUACAUGGAGAGAUAUAACAGAUCUCAUGCCAAGGAAGCAACCAUAAAAUAUGUUGAGGUUGCUAAGAAAUACGGAUUAACCCUUGUUCAACUUGCUCUUGCAUUUGCAAGAGAUCGGCCGUUCAUGACAAGUUCAAUCAUCGGUGCAACCUCCGUCGAGCAACUGCGAGAGGACAUUGAUGCUUUUCUAACAGUUGAGAGGCCUUUGUCAUCUGAAAUAAUGGCAGACAUUGAAGCCAUUUUCAAGAGAUACAAAGAUCCGGCCAUCCUUUAAGGUCAAGGUUCGUGUGAUACUUUGUGAGCAAAAUGCAAUUCUUUGCUAGUCUCCUUACUUACAAAAAUUCUGUAUGUAAAGCGAUUCGACUCUUGGUCAUCUACCACAUAGACCAUUACCAGUCUCCAAAAGUCUGGGAUUUUGUAUUGUAUAUUUAACACACAUUCCUGCGCGAUAACUUGCUAAUAGAACUUAUUUUUUCUUGGUCGAGCAAUGAAAAUGCAUAGUUUUU